GUUUCAUGUAGCAACUGCUAAUUUAACUUCCUCAACUCCUGUGGACCCACCUAGCAAACCAAGAUUCUACGUUAUGCCUACCCUUUUCUUCCAUUAUUUAAUCAUCAUCAUCAUCAUUCAUCAUCAUCGCUCUCUCUCUCUCUGCUAUAAAUCCCUUCUUCAGAAAGGCAUCUAGUUCCUGCCGAAACAUCGCUAACCUACAGCUAUAUUUAGUUGUAUAAGUUUUCCUAUAUCUUGUCCUUGUAGAUUUUGAUGGACGGCUCUAUGAGUAACCAUUCAUCCAUGAAUAAAGCAGCAGCUGAUCAGGAGGAGAGUAGUGGUUGGACAGCUUAUUUUGAAGAUUUCUCUAACCACAGAGAUCAGGAGGACAGUUUCCGUUCUGGUUUUGGUAGCUCUUCUAUGGUUUCUGAUGCUGCUUCUUUUCCUGUAUGGAAAUCGUCACCUCAGCAACAUAAUUAUAACCAUGUUCUUGCCUCCUGCUCUUCCAUCGCUGGCUCCCCGAAUAUCCCUAGCAAGUUAUCUUUCAAGAAAACAAGAGCCAGAAAAUUUUCUCAUCAUGAUGAUUCCCUGGAGGACACUGCUAGUUCUCCUGUUAACAGUCCCAAGGUUAGUGAUUUCCUACCGACUGAUUUGAAUCCCAGGAAGUCAAAUGAUCAUUUUAAUAGUUCCCUGGGUAAAGAAGGUGGUUUAGAGCAUUAUGGGGGAGUAGUGGAGACAGAUGAUGAACGAUGUGAAAUGAGUUGCAGUAGUACUGGGAAUAAAGACUGCACAGAAUUGAAGAAGAGAGGACUGUGUUUGGUUCCUUUGUCCAUGUUAGUGAACUAUCUUGGUUAAUCUCUUAUUAAUUAGGAUUUCUCUCUCUCUCUCUCUAUCUCUCUCAUCCAUUGCAGCAGAAAAUUAUCAGGCUGAAUUUAUAAGGGAAAAUCCUAUAUAAAUAUAUGCGUAUGUAUGAUGUGAAAUACAACAAUCUUAAUCUCUUCAUCUGUAAUCUAAAGCUAGAACAGAUCUUUAAUCUGCUUUUGUGUAUAUAUUCUCGAAAGAAGAGAAUAAGACAACGUUUGGCAAA